AUGCCUGAAUCGGAUUCAGGUGACGAAUUCAACGACGAUGUCUUCAUUCUCGACAUCGAUGGCAUUCAAGCUCAUGGCAUCGGAGCUGCCGACAUUACCAAGCUCAAAGCCAACGGAUUCUAUACUGUCUCUUCCGUUCACGGUGCCACUCGGAAGACGCUCCUCAAGAUCAAGGGUUUUAGUGAAGUCAAGGUUGAGAAGAUCAAGGAAGCUAUCCAAAAGUGCCUGCCAGCUGCUGCCGGCUUCAUAACUGCCAUGGAGUUAAGCCAUCAACGCAAGCGAGUUGUCAAAAUCUCCACUGGAAGCAAGCAGUUUGAUUCUAUUCUCGGAGGUGGUUUCCAGAGUAUGAGUAUCAGUGAAGUCUUCGGAGAAUUUCGCUGUGGUAAAACACAACUGUCGCACACCAUGUCUGUCGUUGCUCAGCUGCCCAAGGAGAUGGGUGGUGCGGAUGGUAAGGUGGCCUAUAUUGAUACCGAAGGCACCUUCCGGCCGGAGCGCAUUGCUCAGAUCGCAGAGCGAUUCGGUGUCGAUUCAGAUUCUGCUCAGGAGAACAUCGCUUAUGCACGAGCACUCAAUAGCGAGCAUCAGCUCGAGCUUCUCAAUACCUUAAGCAGGGAGUUUGCUGGGGGUGAGUACAGAUUGUUGAUCAUUGACAGCAUCAUGAACUGCUUCCGAGUGGAUUAUUGUGGGCGAGGAGAGCUCGCAGACCGUCAGCAAAAGCUGAACCAGUUCCUGAUGAAGCUGGCACAUAUGGCCGAAGAGUUCAAUAUCUGUGUCUUGAUGACAAACCAAGUUCAAAGCGACCCUGGGGCCAGCGCUUUGUUUGCUGGAGCUGACGGUCGUAAGCCUGUUGGCGGUCAUGUCCUCGCGCAUGCAUCCACGACUCGUGUUCUUCUCCGCAAAGGCCGUGGGGAGGAACGUGUGGCUAAGAUCCAGGAUUCUCCAGACUGCCCGGAGCGAGAGGCGACCUAUGUCAUAACCAAUGGUGGGAUCAAUGACCCUGACAAGAUAUAA